UACCACUCGGCCAAUUUCAACCCCAGUGCUAGCCCAUGCAGUGUGCCUACCCCCGACUGUUUUCUCCUUACGUCGGUCCUCCCUUGGGAAUUUAAUUUUUCUUCCACUUAUUUUUUUGAUUUUAUUGUCCCGUGAGGUGCAAGUGUGAGUGCUGGGGUUUGGGGGGAUUUUUACGUUUCUGAAACCAUGAGCAACGCCAAGGAGAAGGAGAUUGAGGCGGGAAACGUGCCGGAGGAGGAUGACUACUGCCUUCAACUUCCUCGACCUCUCAGUAUCGAGGAGAAGAAGUAUCUUCUGGCGGUCGAGAGAGGCGACUUGGCUAAUGUCAAACGUAUGCUGCAACUCGCUGCCAGACCCAAUAAAGCGAGAUCCAUCGAUGUUAAUUCUGUGGAUAGUCUCGGAAGGGGUGCCCUGACUCUUGCUAUCGAGUCUGAGAACCUGGAAAUGGUUGAAUUGCUAGUAGUUAUGGGAGUUGACACUCGUGACUCUCUCCUUUACGCAAUUGAUCAGGAGUUUGUGGAAGCGGUUGAGUUGCUCCUAGAGCAUGAGGAACUGCUGAGGAGCUCCGAGCUCAAUCAGCAUUCAGGUGUAAAAGAAAUAACACACAGUUGGCAGAGAAUCGAUCCAGCAGCCGCUCGGUAUCCACCGGAAAUGACACCCCUCGUUCUAGCUGCUCAGAGAAAUAAUUAUGAGAUACUCAAGCUGCUGCUUGACAGAGGGGCCACCCUACCUAUGCCUCAUGAUGUCAGGUGUGGGUGUGAUGACUGUCUUCGUGCUGCAACUGGAGAUCCUCUAAGACUGUCAUCUACCCGAAUUUCCGAAUACAAGGCAUUGGCCAGUCCUAGUUUGAUAGCUUUGAGCUCCCCAGAUCCCCUGAUGACAGCUUUCCAACUCAGUUGGGAGCUCCGUCUGCUCGCUGUGUCUGAACCCGAAAGUCGCGCCGAAUAUCUAAAGCUUCGGAAACAAGUGGAAAAAUUUGCUGUUGAUUUGCUGCAUCAGACCCGCACCACAGCGGAAUUAAAUACAAUAUUGAACCACGACCCAGAGGCAAGCGCAACUGAACCCGGCAAACAACUGGCGAAACUCGAACUCGCUAUACAAUACAAGCAAAAAAGUUUUGUGUCCCACUCACAUAUUCAGCAGCUUUUGGCUGCUAUUUGGUACGAAGGUGUACCUGGGUUUCGAAGGAUGUCCACAAUGCAGAGAAUCGGAAUCGUUAUCAAAACCGCACUCCUUUUCCCAGUUUACUGUCUCAUCUACUGGUUUGCACCGGAGUCCAAGACUGGGAAUCUCAUGCGACGACCUUUCAUGAAAUUCUUGGUUCAUGCGUCAUCCUAUCUCUUUUUUCUUCUUCUCCUGAUGCUGGUCUCCCAGCGAGCCGAGGUCCAGCUGAUCCGUUACCUCGGUACCGAGUCAAUGAAGCGUCAGCUACAAGAGGACCUCCUAAAACAACGAGGAGCGGGUCCCACCCCUUUGGAAUGCCUCGUCGUCAUCUACGUUUUGGGUUUCAUCUGGCAGGAGACCCGCGAGGUUUUCAAUGACGGUCUCCGGGCCUAUCUCCGUGAUCUCUGGAACUUCAUAGACUUCACCAGGAACUCUCUCUACGUGGGUACCUUCCUCCUCCGCUUCGCCGCCUACGUUCAACAGAUGACCGAGAUAAGCAACGAUGAGUCUGCCAGAUUCAUUCCAAGAGAGCAGUGGAGUGACUUCGACCCACAGCUGAUUGCUGAGGGCCUCUUCGCAGCUGCCAACGUCUUCAGUGCCCUCAAACUCGUCCACCUCUUCAGCAUAAAUCCUCACCUUGGACCCCUGCAGAUAUCCCUCGGUCGAAUGGUCAUCGACAUCGUUAAAUUCUUCUUCAUCUACACUCUCGUUCUCUUCGCAUUCGCCUGCGGUCUCAACCAACUGCUCUGGUACUUCGCAGAACUUGAGCAGCGCAAGUGCUACGUGGGGUAUGGCACAGACCCUGAUUGGGAUAUGGCCAGUGAUCCCUGCCUCAGGUGGAGAACAUUCUCCAAUUUAUUCGAGUCCUGUCAGUCCCUCUUCUGGGCGUCAUUCGGUGGCAUUGGCAUCGACAGCUUCGCAUUGACCGGCAUCAAGUCCUACACUCGCUUCUGGGGACUUCUCAUGUUCGGCUCCUACUCCGUCAUCAACGUCAUUGUCCUUCUGAAUCUUCUCAUCGCCAUGAUGAGCAACAGCUACGCAAUGAUUGUCGAACACUCGGACGUUGAGUGGAAAUUCGCGAGGACUAAAUUGUGGAUGAGUUAUUUCGAAGAGUGUGGAACUCUGCCACCGCCAUUCAACAUAUUACCACCCCCUAAAAUAUUCCUCCGGGUCUUUGGUAUGUCCAAAAACCCGAGAGUCGGAAGAAACUCCUCGAGAUACAGAACCAAAGAGCAUAAGUAUGGAUCUGUCAUGAGAGCACUCAUCUGGAGAUACGUCGUCAAUGCUCAUACUGAGCACGAAAUGUCGCCGGUCACUGAGGACGACGUUCAUGAGGUGAAGAGUGAUAUCUCUAGUUGGAGAUGUGAACUCUUGGAUAUUCUGCGGCGCAAUGGUAUGGACAUUGGCUCGGCGAAUGUUAAGGAUAAUGCCGUGUUGGGGAAGAAGAUGAAGGUCUGGGAGAGGAGACUCAUGAAGGACUUCCAGGUGACGGCUCCUGUAGGGCUGGACGAAAAUGGUGAUAUGGACGAGGCUGAACCGACCGAACCCCCGGCUGAUGAGGAAGCAAGAGAGAGAUGGAGACGAGUUGCGAGACUGGCAGUUCUCAAGUCCGCCGAUCGUCGUCGAUCAUGGGGGCAAAUUGUCCAGUGUGCAGUUAAGAGUUCCCAGAUUGGCAAGAGUAACAGCAGGGCAUCGUUGCAGAGCCAGAAGAGUCUCCAGAAGGCGAUGGAGGAGGCCAAAAAAUUGAGAUCCCGAUCCCCCUUACCUGCUGUCAGCCCGAUAAAGCUUCCCACAACUGGAUCCAGUGAUAAUAUUCUUCGAGUGCUCAAGGACAUCAAUGAAGACGACAGGUCACGAUCUCACUCCCCAGGGCAGUUUUCCCCUGACGUGUCACCUGAGGGAACGCUCAACUCGAAGCUGAUGGCUACCACUGUUGGAUAUGAGAAUGAAAAGGGAAGGAAGAGUCCUCAGCCUCUUCUUCCUUUGAAAUCAACGCCUCCAAAGGUUGUUAAAAGAAAAGCACCGGGUCUCGCUGUCUCAGCAGAGCCUGGCAUCGUCGGUGUCACUGCUAGUGCACCCACAACUCGGCCAGGCAGUGCUGCAGACGUCUGCAGGAGACCCACAAGCCCUAAACCGAGACCCAAUACUCUGGAUAAAGUAUCCCCGAGACCCAAAACUCCCCCCAAACUUGUGGUGUCUCCCGAAAAACACAUUCGAGGAGUCAGUCCUCGAAGAGCAGGACCUGGAGGGGAUCCACCCAUUGCCAGGAGUAGACCGAGAGCUCCUGCAGCGCUUACAAGUCCUAAGAAAUUACCCGAGGUAACUGUUAUUCCGAAUACACCUGAUAUGGGACCUCAGAGGGGUGAGGACAAAUGUAGGCUGGUGAAUGUUGAGGCCAAGUCACCGAGAUUCAGAUCGCCGAGACGUGGGGGUUGGUUGUGAGGUUGAGGGGAAGGAAGAAAAUGGCAUAACUUGCCGGUGGAUUUUAGUGAUGUUUUUCACGAAUUUAUUCUUUCCAAAAUAAAAUGUAUGGUUGCAUCCAAAUUCUGAUAUAACAAUUGAAGUAAAAAAAGGAGAUUCCAUUAUACAUAUUAAAAUUUAUUUAUUUUUCUGAUAACUACAUGUAACAGCUCUUACUUAAUUGUUUCUUUCCCUCAGGAUGGAAUAAAAUGUGAUAAACCUAAACUGAA